AUGGACGGCGACUGGGAUGAGGUCGCCCGCAUUGCGUUCCCGCCUCCGGGCGUACAUGCGAUGCCGACACCGGUAACGACCAUGACGUUUGAUACUUUUCAAGAGCUGCUAUGGACCGGAAACGAUUAUGGUCGCGUAACUUCGUUCCUUGGCCCUGAAUUACAACGGUAUACCUCCUUCAAAGCACACCUUUCGACGGACGGGCCAGUGCGACAAAUAUUGGUCAACGAAAAAGGCGUGAUAUCGUUGGGCUCAAAGGAUGUUCACAUGGCACAGAGGAGGGGACCACCGAUAUGGCAUCUCAAUGAUGACGAUAUGACUGAGCUACGGUGCAUGAGCUUUACUUCCAAAGGGACGACGGAGAUCGUUGUUGCGGGAUUGCAAGAUUCAAUGCUAGUCAUUGACCUUAAUAAGGGCGACGUCGUGAAGGAGAUUGCAACCGAACACCAGUACUCCAUCAUGAAACGAGGAAGGUAUAUCUGUGCGGCAACCAAGAAUGGGACGGUGAACCUCCUCGAUCCAGUGUCCUUUGCAGUUGUUAAGUCUUGGAAUGCUCACACUGCGCUGAUCAAUGACAUGGAUGCCCAGCAUGACUUCAUUGUUACAUGCGGAUAUUCACUCCGACAAGGCCAAACAUACAUGCUCGAUCCAUUUUUGAACGUGUUUGAUAUUAAAAAGAUGUUGUCAAUGCCACCAAUACCUUUCCCUGCCGGGGCGGCGUACGUUCGCAUGCAUCCCAGGAUGUUGACCACCAGUAUCGUGGUCUCGCAGUCCGGCCAAAUGCAUGUGGUCGACUUGAUGAACCCCAACACUAGUAACGUGCGGCAGGCAAACGUCCUUACCUACCUUAGCAUGUUUGAAAUUGCGCCUUCUGGUGAAUCAAUGGCUCUUACCGAUGCUGAGUGCUAUAUUCACCUCUGGGGAUCGCCUUCGAAGCUUCACUUUGUCGACUUGUCAACGCCAAUAGACUUUGCUAGCCCGGAGGACCAUGCUCCUCAAAUAGAAUGGACCCCUGAAACACCGUUGAACUCUGUCGGAUUGCCCUUCUAUUGGGAAGUGUUGGCCUCGGCCUGGCCGGAUCUUGUUUCCGAUGUUGGCGCCCCUCCAGUGAGGUUUGAUCCUCAGUUCCUCGCGAGCCUCAAGCCGACCGAAUUUGGACUGUAUGGCCGCAACACAAGAGGCCUCCGGAGGAAUCAGGCUGAGAAUACCAGAAAUACCCGCAAGUCUGCAAACGCUGGUCUCAAGGCGCCCAAGUUCUUGAGUGAGAAAGCCAGAGAGUCUGCCCAAUCAGAGUCCAUGACGAAUGAUCUGAAUGACGACGUUUCUAGCACUGUAACCGACAGCGAGAUUGAAAGUAAGAAGUCAGACGUGCCGGUCAUGUACCGGAACGUUGAAAUCAAGUACAGCAAGUUCGGAGUAGAUGAUUUUGAUUUCGGAUUUUAUAACAAAACACGAUACUCAGGCUUGGAAAUUCAUAUUUCAAACUCAUACGCCAACUCACUCCUUCAAAUUAUGCAUUUUACCCCCCUGAUUCGAAACAUAGCCCUUCAACAUGCGGCUGCAGCCUGUCUCAGCGAAAUGUGCUUGCUCUGUGAACUUGGCUUCCUUUUCGACAUGCUACAAAAAGCAGACGGCUCAAUCUCUGGUCCGCUUGGCCUCCUCGAAGAGGACACCCGCAGCUCGUCGCUAAACGUCAUGUUGCAGGGCCUAACUAGGUUUCUCCUGGACAAGAUUGUCUCUGACUACAAGAGCUUGUCACCAACAUCAUCUGCGAUGGAACAGGUCGAUUCUUGCAACCUCCGCAACAAGCUCUAUUCAAUUCACGACCAUCGCAUGCUAUGGUCUACUCCCGGCUGGCUUCCUGAGGAAAUCGGAAUCAUUGUUGAGCAGGGCCAGUUCUUUUGUUAUGAGGGUGAAGACUUGAAACUUCACUUGCAGCGUGGAAUCCACAACAUCACCGUAUACUCGUUAAUAGGGAUGGCGACAAAUAUCGAGGGUGGCCAAAUGCAAAAAUCACACCUGGUAUCCAUGAUCAAUGUUGCACACGCUGUGCCAGAACCGCCCGGACACAGUCAGUGGCACUUGUUCAACGACUUCCUAGUCAGGUCUAUCAGUACCGAAGAAGCCCUUGCGUUCAACACGUCAUGGAAAAUCCCCAGUGUUAUAUCAUUCCAGAUCAAAGAAGCGAAUAACAAGAUUGACUCCACCUGGAAAGACCAGCUGGACACCUCGAUUCUGUCCCAUGAUUUGUAUCUAAAUCCAAACUCUGAGCAUAAAACAUACCACAUGCUGGAUCCAGAAACGGAAAUGCCCGGCCCGGAUACAGUAGUAGCUCUGGAUACGGAGUUCGUUGCCAUUCGACAGCCUGAGAUUGAGGUGAACUCCGACGGCGAACGUGAGACCAUUCGACCAAUUGUCUAUGCGUUGGCUCGAACGUCUGUUGUCCGUGGACAGGGCGAGAACGAGGGACUGCCCUUCAUCGACGACUACAUCUCCAUACAAGAGCCCAUUGUGGACUACCUGACAUCGUACUCUGGCAUCUCUCGAGAAGAUCUGGACCCACGAAUUUCUAAACACAGCCUGCUCCCGCUCAAGAUGGCCUACAAGAAGCUCUGGAUUCUCCUCAAUCUCGGCUGCAAAUUCCUGGGCCACGGCCUCAAACAAGAUUUCCGCGUCAUAAACAUCCACGUUCCCAAGUCUCAAGUCAUCGACACAAUCGAUUUGUUCUAUUUAAAGUCGAGGUUCCGGAGGCUCUCGUUGGCGUUUCUAGCGUGGUACCUCCUCAAGGAGGACAUUCAGAUGGAGACGCACGACUCCAUCGAAGACUCUCGAACGGCACUCAAGCUGUAUCGGAAAUAUCUUGAGUUUGCAGACGCUGGGAUCCUGGAGACCAUGCUGCAGGAUAUUUACCGCGCUGGAAGCGCCGUCAACUUCAAGCCCCCGCGCAGGGACGACGUGGGUGUCCAGAGGACAGACACUCCGCCGCUGCCGGCGGACUCGUCCACGGCGGGACCGUCCACUCCUGUGAGGAAGAUUAAUGGCAUGGCCCCCGGGUCUGGGUUUGGGGGCGGCACGAGUUGGACGCCGGGGAAGGGAUCGCCGUUGCGCUAG